AUGGCAAGUGAGGAAGAGAGUGUUCUUGUCCUAGUGCAUUGCUCUGGGAAAAUUCAAAAAAGCAAGAGAUAUGGUGUGAAAUUCACUGACAGAGAACCGGUGAGUGUUUUCAUCAGUUCCUCAAGCACUUUGUCAGAUCUAAAGAACAACAUCUUGCAGAAGCUUGGGAUUUCUGGUAGCAAGUGGGUGAAGAAGUUAUUCUACAAGAUUCCCAUCGCAGUUGUCUCGACCCGGGUUCAGUAUGAUACCUUUGUGCUAGCGACUGAUGAAGACAUUAGGGUUCUGUUCCAUUGUGUCAGAAGUUUUCCAGAGGUCAGAAUACACGAGUUAUUCGCAAAGUUGGAUGUUGGGGUGGAUAGUUCUGGGGCAUCAUCUCCAUUUCAUAACUCGACUGGCGUGGGAAGUGCGUCUUGUUCGAUGCCUAUGAUAGCACCAUCCGUUCCGCUGGUCGCAUCCCCAUCAUUCGCGGCUGAUUUAGAUCGAACAGAGGCUGUUGGUUCUGCACCUUUGCAGAAUCCAGGGGUCCGUGGGCAGGCAUAUGAGGUGGGCAUCGGUGGUGGCUUAAUUCCUGAUGUGCAAGGGUUUGGGGAACCUGAUCGAGUAGAUAAUGCAAUGUAUGACGAUGAGUCUGACAAGGAGCCUGUAGAUAUUAUUGGGGACAGCGAUGAUGACACAGCUGCCAAUCCACCUACACAGCAUGGGCCUUCUAGUUCUGGCACUCAACAGUACCCUCCACACUUCUUGACUUUAAACUUGGAGGCUCUGGGUAAACAGGUGGACGGUGGUCCCACAGUUGGGGGCUCUUCUACAGAAUUUCAGAUUGGGCUGUCAUUCCAAAAUAAAGAUCAGGCUGUGUUGAGUGUGAAGGACUACAAUAUCCGUCGAGGUGUUGAGUACAGAGUCAUUGAAUCAGAUCAUUUGAAGUAUCAUGGAAAAUGCAAGGAGUUUGGCAAGGGUUGCACUUGGUUGAUUCGAGUAGCGCUGUGUGCACGCAAGGGCACUUGGGAGGUUCAGAGGUACAACGGUCCACACACUUGCUUGGCUAUGUCUAUAUCGAGUGAUCACCGUCAGCUUGAUUACCACGUCAUUUGUGCAAGGAUUCUACCAUUGGUUAGGACAGAUGCUGCGGUUACCGUAAAGGUAUUGCAACAAGCAACAGAAGCCGAUUACGGUUUCAGGCCUAGUUACAGGAAGGUUUGGCUGGCCAAACAGAAGGCAGUGGCACAGAUAUAUGGAGAUUGGGAAGAAUCGUAUGCGGAGUUGCCACGUUGGAUGCUAGGAGUACAGUUUACCAUGGCUGGGACAGUUACUGUGUUGAAGACCUCUCCUGUUCGAGUUGGGGGUGAGGUUGAUGACUCCAUGGUGUACUUUCAUCGACUUUUCUGGACAUUUCCACCCUGUAUCGAGGCAUUCCGGCAUUGUAAGCCCCUCGUUAGUAUUGAUGGCACCCACUUGUAUGGCAAGUAUGGAGGCACGCUGCUGCUGGCCAUAGCGCAGGAUGGGAACUCAAACAUCCUUCCCAUCGCAUUCGCCCUUGUUGAGGGAGAAAAUGCAGAGUCAUGGUCAUUUUUCUUGUCCAACCUACGAUUGCAUGUGACGCCACAAGAGGGCAUCCUUGUUAUCUCUGAUAGGCAUAAUGGCAUCAAGGCAACACUUGAGGCACCUGAGACUGGAUGGCUGCCUCCACGUGCCUUUCGUGCCUACUUCAUUCGUCAUGUGGCUGCGAAUUUUGCCCUUACCUUUAAAGGUAAGGAUGCGAGGAGGAUGUUGGUCAAUGUUGCCUACUGA